UUUCAUUGUUUUGAAACGGGGAAUCACCUGGUUUUACAAUUUGUUUAAUCAUUUUAACUUCCUUCAGGCUAACUUAUAACAAAUAAGAAAUUCAAAUCGUAAAUUGAUACCUAACCUAGUUUAUAUUUAUUAGUCAUUGUUCAGUGAUAAAGUUUUAUCACGCACGAACGUUCAAGUCGUUAUGGACUAGUGGGAUUUUUACCUAAAAUCAUGUUCCUAUCUAGAUAUUUGGGUACUAGAUCUAAGGUAUGGAAGAAUAUCUUCUUCUCUGAAGCAGCUAGCAGCAGAUUCAUAUCGCCAUUCCGUAAAUACACCGGUGUAACAUGCAACAUUCAGCAAGAAUACGUAUGCAUAUGUCAUCAUUUUACCAAAAAAGUACAAAUACAAUCAAGAAAAUCAUUCUUAUUAGAAAAUCAAAGAUUUUAUACAAAAAAAUUAACAGAUGACCUAACAGAGGCUCAAGUUAUUCAGAAUGAGAAAAAUCUCACAAAAAUCCGACAACUAUUCCCACAACCUCGUGUGACGCUUAACGAGUUCACAGCUAAAACUCCACAGAAGGUAUUUGAAAUACAUUACAAACAGCACAUGGUUGCUGGCAGAAAGAAACUAGCUCAAGGCGACUGGACUUGCACAUACGCAUUCAUAUGGCCGGAGAAAAUGAAGUUUGACAGUACAGCCAUCUCUAAACGACAUGCAGCUGACAAAGCAGCGACACAAGCAUUAAUGUGGUUAUAUUUAAAUAAACGAAUAGACAACCAAGGAAAUCCAAUAUAUGACAGGGAGGUGAUAUCCGAACUUCGGGACACCGUGAACAAGCCAAUACAAAUAACUAUAAGUGAGAAAUCCGUGGAACGAAUAGAUCGGAUAUGGAACGAGUAUCAAAAUGGGAUAAGGCCAAUCUAUGAAGCAGCCUUCAAAAACGCUGCUUGCAAAGAGAUCACAACACCAGUAUUAUCUAAGGAAUCCUCUUUGGACGAUGAUGAAUUUUCAGAUGAUGAAAUGGAAAAUGAAGAAAUUGGUGAAGUAACAGAAUCGCGCUCUCUCCACCCGGUGUAUGGAAGAAACAUUCGUCCGCCGACUGAAGAGACGCUACAAAGAAGAGAUAGGACGCUUAAACAGAAGUUCCAGGUGUAUGACGAGGAAAUAACGCCGCUGCCUAUUGAUGGAUAUGCGUAA